AAUGUUGUUUUUUUUAUAUAAACAAAUUUGGAAAUAAUUUUAUACACGCGUGCAGCGUAAGCUUCGUUUUACCAUUUUACCAAACGUCUCGGCAUGUUAAAAUGUAAUGAAAAUAAUAUAUCGUAAACCGUUAUUUUUUUAUUUAUACAUGCCAAAAAGAAAGAAAUCGGAACGGAUUCGUGUAGUCCUGAAGGGACUAAGUUCUCGCGGCUCGCCUUUCUGCAGGAUUCUUGAAAGGAAAAAGCGUGGAAUCGAGGCACAUGGGUUACUAUGUUAGGACGAUAAAAACGCCGGUCUACUUCGAACUUCUUAACGCGCAACUGGCGUCGGCAAAACGCUGAUCCAGAAGAUCGAAGUUCAAUCGAUUUCUUUUGAGAGAUUCGAGGUUACGCACGCCGAGGUCGAUCUUCUGUUAUCUCGCAAGAGUCCUCACGCAGCAAAGCUCUUUCCAGCUCCUAGUUCCUUCGACUUACCAAGUCGGCCACGACUCGCGACUGUUCACGAUGGUCUCAACAUGGGAGGAUUUCUACGCGAAGCAUCCACCCCCUCAGGACCUGGCACAGAACGAACAGGCGCUGAAGGAGUUCACCAGGAAACACCUCGAGGCCGGUAACAAAGUGGUACUGGUGACGAGCGGCGGCACGACGGUACCUUUGGAGCACAAUACGGUGAGAUUUGUGGACAAUUUCAGCGCGGGUACUAGAGGAUCGGUUUCAGCGGAAUACUUUUUGGAGCACGGAUACGCAGUUAUUUUUAUGUUUAGAAUCAAAUCUUUGGAACCAUUCUCGAGGCACUUUAUAGGUCAGAAGUUUUUAGACCUGCUUCAAAUAUCAGAUAAUAAUAAUGAGAAUCCUGUUAUUACAAUACUGCCAGAAUAUACACAGAAGGUAGCGACGGUGCUGCGAAAGUAUAGAGAGGCAUUUGAUCAGAAAAAAUUGCUGCAAAUCACUUUUACGACUCUUUCCGAGUAUCUCUGGCUACUUCGAUCUGCGUGUCAAGCACUGGCACCUCUGGAGAACAAAGCUAUAUUAUACUUAGCAGCAGCAGUCUCGGAUUUUUACAUUCCUUCCAACGAGAUGUCAAUCCAUAAAAUUUCCUCAAGUGGACCACCAACUAUAUCUCUUCAAUUAGUGCCAAAGAUUUUAGCACCGUUAGUCAGUUUGUGGGUACCGAAAGCAUUCGUAAUCUCGUUCAAAUUGGAAACCGACGAGAGCUUGCUGAUUUCUAAGGCGAGGACUGCUCUCAACAAAUAUCAUCAUAACCUCGUAAUAGCCAAUAUGUUGCAAACUAGGAAGCAACAAGUGAUAAUUGUGAGCAAGGAGACAAACUACGUCUUAUCUCUUACAAACGAACAGUUAGACAAUGGUGACGAAAUUGAACAGUUAAUCGUAAGCGAUCUUGUCGAGAAGCAUCUGAAGUUUAUACGGUCUAAAGAAGUUAGUUGAUCAACCUAUUUUCACAAGCUGUAAAAAUAAUUUUAAUUUUAUAUUUUACAAAAUGUGCAUUAUAGACAUAAAUGAUUUUUAUAUCACAAUUAGAGGAGAGAGUUCUGACGGUAAUGGGAUACUCAGGUUUAGUAUAUACUACUAUAUUGUAUAUACAUAUCAGCUUUGUAAAGCAAUAUAUAAAUGUACAGAAUUCAGUUACAAAUAACUGCUAUUUUGCACAGUAGAUAUACAUUCACAUUUUUGUACAGAUUAUAACAAAUAGAAUGUCUGAACAGAC